AUGAAUUUGGUUGAUGAAACAAGCUUUGUGACUGAGUUUCUCAGUACCUUGAGUACACGACCCGUAAAGUAUCCGCAAGAUUUUGCACCACCUGCUCAAACACGACCAAGACCACCUGUUAGGACCACACUUUCGCAUGGUAAUAGGAAUAAGUCAACAGGAAAACAAAAACCACAAGAGACGCCCCAGGAAUUUGAAUCUUCUCAAGGAGUAGGCAUACCGAUCCAAGUCCACGUAAAAUCGUUAAAGGGUGGUCAAACACAUACGGUUCAAUUAAGUAAUUCGGAAACUGUUCAUAAUUUAAAAGAAAGAUUAUGGCCACUUGUUUUAAUUUCUCCCGUAAACCAAAGAUUGAUAUUUAAGGGGAAAGCGUUAGUUGAUAACAAGACUUUGUUUGAAUAUGGUAUAAACGAUGGUACUACAGUUCAUCUAGUCCAGAAGUCCGGAACAAGUAGUUCUGGACCGACAAUUACAGAUGCACCGACUACUUCGUCUCAAGAAGCCCCACAAAAUACUAAAGAGCAUAAAUUACACCAACUUUCUCCUGAAGCAAUGGAAAAAUUGAAAGAUCCACAGUUUUUGCUCUCGUUGCGAUCAUUUUUACGUAGCCAAUUUUCGGAUAGUGAUGAUGCUGAUCAUGUUUUAAAAGAUUUUAUUAAUAUAUAUCAAGAACAGAAUGGCAAAAUUACAAUUGAAGAUUUGGAAAAACUUGUAAAAGAUUAA